AUGAAAAUAUCCAGUGAUACAACGACACCUCUGAUUUUUAUGCCACUGUCAUUGAAGAAGAACAAAUUAGCGAAGCCACUCAAGUUUAAUCGGCGACUUAACAACCGACUGGAAAGUUUGGCUAAAAAUUCAACACCCAUUUCAAUCCCUCUCAAUUCAUAUCAAAUUAUUCCUGUCCAGUCGAUAUGGUCGAGUACGCAAUUUACUCCGUUCAACCCAACAGUACCGUUUGGUAGUCCGAAUCCUAAUUCAAUUAUGGCUGAUUUCUCACUGCCAUCAAGUACAUCGUCUUUGAUUAAGCAAUCGCAACAGAAUACACCUAUCUACUCUUCAUACAAACCAUUCAGUACACCUCGUGUCACUACUACCCUGAUCCCACUGAAUGUCUGUCCGACUGAAUACUGCCAGACAACGAAGUCGCCGUCAACGGCGUCAAUUAAUAUCGUGCAAAGUCAUCAAGAACAGAAAAUCUAUGAGCACAAAUCAGAUGACAGUGUCAUAACGCAUUCCAUUGAUGAUUGGAUUAUUCGAGAGAGUUCAAAACCAUUCCGACAAAAAGAAACUAAACAACUGGACAAUCCAGUACAAAAGAUCGUUCUCAACGAAUCCAAGAUUUCUCGCUCGCCUUUUCCAUUAGAUGUCAAUCAAUGGACGGUCGAUGAUGUGUGUUUAUUUUUUGAACGUGUUCUUGGAAAAAACUGCUUCACGUCUGUGAUUCAAGAACAUUUGAUCGAUGGGGUGGCGCUUUUACUUUUAGAAGAUGAACAUUUAGUAAGUAUUUUCCAAAUGCAACUAGGACCUCGAUUGAAACUACUGGAUCGAAUUCAAAAACUUAAAGCAGGUGAUUUUUCCGCAUUGUAA